AUGCAAGAAUCACAAGAUGUUACUGUGCUACAGUUUAUACAAGGUGAUUAACAAUCUAAACAAAAAUAUGUUGAAGUAUCUAAAUAUUUUGUUGGUAAUUAACAAUCACAAGUUGGUAUUGAUUAAUUACUUGAAUCAAUACAAUUUGUACAAUUGAUUUCACUAUCCUAACAAGUUAAACAAGCUCCAAAACAUUUUGAACAAGUAGUUGAUCCUGAUUUUAUAUAAUACCCACUUGCACAUUCACUACAAAUAGUUUCUGAAGUGCAUUUAGUACAAAAAGAUGAGCAAGGUUUGCAUACAUCUUUAUAUGAACAUAUUCCACAGCUUUUUUCUUGUGUGUAGUAGUAUCCAUCAAAACAUUUCUAACAACUUGAUGAAUUAGAACAUGUUUCACAAUUGUCAAAGCAGUCUCGACAUCCACCCAUCAUUCCAGAUUAGUAGUAUUAAUGUUAUCCGCAUGAUGAAUUAGCUAUGUCAUACAUACUAUAAAUUACCUACUAAAUGAAAGGAAGAGUAAACAAUAAGAUAUUGGAGAAUAUUCUUUGUUAACAUUUUGUGUAUAAUUAAAAUUUUAAAAAUCUUUCUAAAAACUUUUUAAAAUUGUCACUGUGA